UUCUAACAGAAAGCCAGUGACUUAGCAACUAAUUUCACUGGUUUUCUGUUUAAUGGGAUUUAGUGAAGUAAACGGACACAAUUUCGGAAGGACGUCCGGCUCCCUGAAAGGUGGCAACAGAAGAUGCCGUGGGCUUGACUUUUGCAUGUUAGAAAGCGUCAAUCGAUGUUGAACACAGAAAGAGAGAGGCAGAAAUAAAAUGGGUGAAGAAUGAUUGGGAAGAGAAACGAGGAAGGCGAGAAUCCGCAGAGAAGAAGCAAGUAACAACCCUAGGCGGAGGAGCGAUGGGAUCGAACCGGAUACUUCCGAAACGGAUCAUACUGGUCCGCCACGGCGAGAGCCAGGGAAACCUCGACAACGCCGCCUACACGACCACCGCCGACCACCGUAUCCCGCUAACAGCGGCCGGAGUCCGUCAGGCGCGGGAGGCGGGGGCCGAGAUUCGCCGGAUAGUCGCCUGGUCGGAGGAGGACUGGAGAGUGUACUUUUACGUGUCUCCGUACGCGCGCACCAGGGCGACGUUGUCGGAGAUAGGCCGGAGCUUCAGCCGGAGAGAGAUCGCCGGUGUGAGGGAGGAGUGCCGGAUCAGGGAGCAGGACUUCGGCAAUUUCCAGGAGGAGAAGAAGAUGCAGGCCGACAAGAAGAAACGGCAACGAUUCGGACGGUUCUUCUUCCGGUUCCCGGAGGGCGAGUCGGCUGCCGACGUCUACGACCGAGUCACCAGUUUCUUGGAGUCACUCUGGAGGGAUAUUGACAUGAAUCGGAUCAAUCGAUGUGGUAUCUCAAAUUUUAACAUCGUUAUUGUUUCCCAUGGCGUCACCUCCCGGGUCUUCCUCAUGAAGUGGUUCAGGUGGACCGUCGAGCAGUUUGAACGCCUACACAAUCUAACCAACUGCCAGGUGCGGGUCAUGCAGUUGGGCGCAGGCGGCGAGUACAGCCUAGCAAUUCAUCACAGUGACGAAGAGAUGAAGGGAUGGGGACUGUCUCAAGAGAUGAUAACUGACCAGAAAAUGCGGGCAACUGCCAAGAAGAGUGACUGGAUAGAUGAUUGCCCAUGGCAUCUCAAUGACUUCUUUCAGCACUUGAGAGAGUCUGAUGAAGCUGACUGUUUAGAAGAAGACCAACAGGAUAGCUUGAACUUGAUUGGAGACAGAAGCAUAGACUGCUCCUAGCAGAAGCGUACAAUUCAUCUUUAAAGAGGUUGUGUAAUACACUUGUUUGAAGCAAAAGGGACCAACAUAGCAUGUCAGAAACUCUGCGACAAGAAGAUUCGUAGCAGUCUACGAACGCUACAGUCAAAGGACAAUUACAGCAGAAGAUGGGAUAAAGAGAAGCAACAGAACAACACCAAGCUGUGCAGUAUAAGACAGAAUGCACGGACUCCUGACGGCAUUGUAGGACGUCUACAUGUGUAUUCUGUAACGACACAGCCUUUCCAAGCUUAUGUAGACGGUACACAUGAUACUUGUAAAGCGUUUAAGUGAUCAUACACACAGCAAACUAAUUGUUUCCUCAUCAAGACAUUAUUGAGCUUUUA